CCUGAGUGAACAUUAUGCCUGCUAUUGCACCUCGCAGCAAAGUCCUCGUCACAGGAGCAAACGGAUACAUCGCCGUCUGGGUGGUGCGCCGCCUCCUGGAGCAAGGGUACGUUGUCCGGGGUACCGUGCGCUCUGCGGCGAAGGGAGAGCACGUGAAGAAACUGUUUGGGGAGUAUGGUGCCAAGUUCGAAGUAGUAGUAGUCGAAGACAUCGGAAAGGACGGAGCGUUCGACGACGCGGUGAAAGGCAUAGAUGCUAUCGAGCACGUCGCUUCGCCGUUCCAUUACAAUGCGCAAGAUCCCAGCGAUCUCAUACAGCCCGCCGUUAAAGGCACAACGGGCAUCCUCCAAAGUGCCCUGAAGUACGGGUCCGACGUAAGACGCGUCGUCAUCACCUCCUCCACGGCCGCCGUCAUGGACCCCUUCGACGCACCCAAAGUCUUCACCGAGGCAGACUGGGCUCAGAAGCCCAUCGACGACGUGGAACGGGACGGGAAGAGCGCACCGAAGUUCAGCUGGUAUAGGGCUAGCAAGACACUGGCCGAGAAAGCUGCUUGGGAGUUUGUACGGAAGAAUAAAGAAUCGAUGAAAUGGGAUCUCGUGACUCUAAAUCCUCCUUAUGUAUACGGUCCCACCAUCCACGAAAUAUCGUCGCCCGAUGAACUCAACACCUCCCAAGCCGACCUAUACACCACCCUCCUCAAAGGCAAGGACGAACAGGCGCUAGCCACCCAAGGCGGCUCGUGGAUCGACGUUCGCGACCUCGCACGCGCGCACGUCCUUGUCCUCGAGAAAGAAGCCGCGAGCUGGGAGCGGAUUAUCGUCUCCGCUGGGCCCUUCAAGUUCCAGGACUUCGUCGACGCUGCCAACGCCGUGGGUGUGUACCCCGCCGACAGGCUAACGAAAGGUGUGCCAGGCGCGGGGAAGAAGCCUGACGUCGUGCACAUGAUCCAGUAUGAUAACUCGAAGGCCAAGAGAGUGCUGGGGAUAGAUGAGUAUAUCAGUAUGGAGGAGUGCGUGAAAGGAUAGUUUGGAGGAUUUCAAGCGAAGAGGUUGGUAACAUGGUAGGAUAUACUGAUACUGAAUGGAGCUGCUUGCUAAGGGUCGAUAAUGGAGGGCUCCGUCGUUUCCUC